AUGCCUUACCCAUCACAGGAAUCAGAUGAGCUGGUUUUCUUUGUUAAUGGGAGGAAGGUGACAGAGAGGAAUGUGGACCCAGAAGUGACUCUGCUGGCCUUUCUACGAAAGAAUUUAUGCCUCACAGGAACCAAGUAUGCCUGCGGAAGAGGAGGCUGUGGUGCCUGCACUGUGAUGGUGUCUAAAUAUGACCCAGCAUCCAAAAAGAUAAGACACUUCUCCGUCACUGCAUGCCUGGUGCCCAUCUGCUCUCUGUAUGGAGCCGCUGUCACCACUGUGGAAGGUGUUGGGAGCAUCAAAACCAGGCUUCACCCCGUGCAGGAGAGAAUUGCCAAGAGCCAUGGCACCCAGUGUGGAUUCUGCACCCCUGGGAUGGUGAUGUCCAUGUAUGCACUACUCAGGAACCACCCACAGCCCUCGGAGGAGCAGCUCAUGGAAGCCCUGGGAGGUAAUCUAUGCCGUUGCACUGGGUAUCGACCAAUUCUCCAGAGUGGAAUGACCUUCUGCAUGGAGUCAGACGGCUGCCAGCAGAAAGGAGCAAGACAGUGCUGUUUGGAUCCAACAGAAAAUGAUCCCUCCUGUCUUGGCAGCAAAAGUGAUAUUUGCACAGGGUUAUUUGCGAGAGAGGAGUUCCAGCCCUUGGACCCGACCCAGGAGCUCAUAUUUCCCCCAGAACUCUUGAGAAUGGCUGAGAGCUCAGAAAAACGAACUCUGACCUUUUAUGGAGAAAGAGUUACAUGGAUCUCCCCUGGGACCCUCCAGGAUCUCUUAGAGCUGAAAGCAAAGCAUCCUGCAGCUCCUCUUAUCCUGGGCAACACCUCACUUGGUCCUGCAAUGAAAUCUCGAGGACACUUUUACCCAAUUCUCCUCUCUCCUGCUAGGAUCUCUGAGCUGAGAAUGGUGACUAAAACAAGUGAUGGACUGACCAUUGGCGCUGGCUGCAGCCUGGCCCAGGUGAAGGACAUCUUGGCUAAGAGCAUCUCUGAGCUCCCGGAGGAGAAAACUCAGACCUACCAGGCCCUCCUGAAGCACCUGCGGAGCCUGGCAGGCCAGCAGAUCCGGAACAUGGCAUCCUUCGGAGGACAUAUUAUAAGCCGGCACUGCUAUUCAGAUCUGAACCCAGUUCUCGCUGUGGGUAAUGCUGUUGUCAAUCUGCUAUCCACAGAGGGUACACGACAGAUUCCUCUAAAUGAACAUUUUCUAGCUAGGUUGGCAAGUACAGACCUCCAGCCAGAGGAGAUUUUGGAAUCUGUUCACAUUCCUCACUCUCAAAAGUGGGAAUUUGUGGCCGCCUUCCGAAUGGCUCAGUGCCAGCAAAAUGCCUUGCCUGAUGUGAAUGCUGGCAUGCGAGUCCUGUUCAAAGAAGGCACAGACACCAUUGAGGACCUGAGCAUCUCCUACGGAGGGCUGGGGGCUGCCACAGUCAGUGCGCCCAAAUCCUGCCUGCAGCUCCUGGGCAGGCGCUGGAAUGAGCUGAUGCUGGACGAGGCUUGCAGGCUGCUUCUGGAUGAGGUCUCCCUCCCAGGUUCAGCUCCCGGGGGCAAGGUAGAGUUCAAGAGGACUCUGGUAGUGAGCUUCCUCUUCAGGUUCUACCUGGAGGUUUUGCAGAAACUGAAGGCACAAGUAAAGCUGUUCUCUAUGCAGGCCAGCCAUUGUUAUCCUGAACUUGCAGACCCAUUCCUAAAUGCUCUGGAAGAUUUCCCGGUCACAAUACCCCAGGGAGUCCAAACGUACCAGAGAGUGGAUUCUCACCAGCCUCUCCAAGAUCCAGUUGGACGUCCUAUCAUGCACCUGUCAGGUCUUAAACAUGCCACAGGUGAAGCCAUAUUUUGUGAUGACAUCCCCAAAGUAGAUAAAGAACUUUCCAUGGCUUUGGUGACCAGUACCAGGGCUCAUGCAAAAAUCAUAUCAAUUGAUUCAUCAGAGGCCCUUAAACUACCUGGGGUGGUUGAUGUGAUAACAGCUGAAGAUAUUCCAGGAACUAAUGGUGCAGAAGCUGACAAAUUGUUGGCUGUAGAUGAGUUCUUGUGCCCUGAAAAAAAGCUUGAGCAAGGAAACAUUGAGGAGGCAUUUGAAAAGGUGGAUCAGAUUGUUGAAGGAGAGGUCCAUGUUGGGGGACAAGAACAUUUUUACAUGGAAACACAAAGAGUGCUUGUUAUUCCAAAGACAGAGGACAAAGAACUGGACAUUUAUGUGUCCACACAGGAUCCAGCCCACGUGCAGAAAACAGUGUCCUCUACUUUAAACAUCCCUAUCAACAGGAUCACGUGCCAUGUAAAACGAGUGGGUGGAGGUUUUGGCGGGAAAGUGGGAAGGCCAGCAGCGUUUGGGGCGAUUGCUGCAGUGGGUGCUACCAAAACUGGUCAUCCCAUUCGUCUUGUUCUGGAUCGUGAAGAUGAUAUGUUAAUAACUGGGGGAAGGCACCCAUUAUUUGGAAAAUAUAAAGUGGGAUUCAUGAACAGUGGACGAAUCAAAGCUCUAGACAUUGAGUGCUACCUCAAUGGAGGAUACAUGCGGGAUGACUCGGAGCUGGUGACAGAAUUUCUUAUACUGAAGUUGGAAAAUGCAUACAAAAUCCAUAACCUCAGGUUCCGAGGUCGUGCAUGUAUGACAAACUUACCAUCUAACACAGCUUUUCGUGGGUUUGGCUUUCCACAAGGAACCCUGGUAACAGAAUCUUGCAUCACAGCUGUGGCAGCCAAAUGUGGGCUUCCUCCAGAAAAGAUUAGGGAGAAAAACAUGUACAAAACCAUUGAUAAGACCAUCUACAAGCAAGCGUUCAGCCCUGAGCCCCUGAUAAGAUGUUGGAACGAAUGUCUGGACAAGUCUUCCUUUCACAGCAGAAGAAUGCAAGUGGAAGAGUUCAAUAAAAAGAAUUAUUGGAAGAAGAAAGGCAUUGCGAUUGUCCCCAUGAAAUUUUCAGUUGGCUUUGCUGCAACAAGCUAUCAUCAGGCAGCUGCACUUGUGCAUAUCUACACAGAUGGGUCUGUGCUGGUCACACAUGGAGGCAAUGAACUGGGACAAGGUAUUCACACCAAAAUGCUACAGGUGGCCAGCCGUGAAUUAAAAAUUCCCAUGUCGUAUAUGCACAUCUGUGAAACAAGCACAGCCACAGUGCCUAAUACAAUCGCGACGGCAGCGUCCAUCGGUGCAGAUGUCAAUGGCAGAGCUGUGCAGAAUGCUUGCCAGAUUCUUCUGAAACGCCUUGAGCCCAUCAUUAAGAAAAAACCAGAAGGUACAUGGGAAGACUGGAUAGAAGCAGCAUUUGAACAAAGGAUCAGUCUCUCAGCCACUGGAUACUUCAGGGGCUACAAAGCCUUUAUGGAUUGGGAGAAGGGGGAGGGAGACCCAUUUCCCUACUAUGUCUAUGGAGCUGCCUGUUCUGAGGUUGAGAUUGACUGCCUGACAGGUGCACACAAGAAAAUCAGAACGGACAUUGUCAUGGAUGCAUGCUGCAGCCUAAACCCAGCCGUUGAUAUUGGACAGGUAGAAGGUGCAUUUAUUCAAGGCAUGGGCCUUUACACCACCGAAGAGCUGCAGUACUCCCCAGAAGGGGUCCUGUACUCCCGGAGUCCAGAUGAGUACAAAAUUCCAACCAUCGCUGAUGUCCCUGGGCAGUUCAAUGUCUCCUUGUUGCCGUCAUCUCAAACCCCACUAACCAUCUAUUCAUCCAAGGGCCUUGGGGAGUCUGGGAUGUUCCUGGGGUCAUCUGUGUUCUUUGCCAUCACUGAUGCAGUGGCCGCAGCACGCAGAGAAAGGAAAGUAGCUGAGGACUUCACAGUGAAGAGCCCAGCUACACCAGAACGAGUUCGAAUGGCCUGUGCAGAUCGGUUCACAGAAAUGGCUCCGCAAUCCGGGGCUUCCCCUCUAAGCCCUCCGCCUCGGUACUACUCACUCAAAAAGGGCGGUGCACGACCUCGCCCAGCCAGCAGCGCGCCCCGCCAGGGCGGAGGCGAGGAGAGGUUCCCUACCCAAGCCAAGCCCCACUCCUUUGCCGCCCCGCGCCCCAAGGCGGAAGCCCACGGCUGGGAUCUGGGAGGGGCGCCGAAUGGCUUCCGGUCGCAGAGGAGACACCGCCGCAGUUGCCGCCACCUCGGGGAUUUCUGGCUCUUUUCUCUUCGCCUUAAAUUCGGUGAGGCGCGGCGCGCUGUUGGGCCCGGGCCGAGGUUGCGGCGCGUUGUCGCCGGGCAGAGGUUAAAGGAGGCCGCCGGACCGGUGCGGCGCGGCCGCGAUGGUGCCAAGCAGAGACUGCCGCAUGAGGCCAGGCGGAUUCGGGGCCUGGAUUCGGCCGGGAGGCCGGCAGCCCGAGGGUCUGGUCGGAAGUGGGGCCUGCGUGCGUGCCGCGGCGCCGCGGUCAAGGCGGAUCCCUUGUGCGCCCUGCCCGGCCUGGGUAACAAAGCCGCCGCGGCCUCUGUUGGGUGA